AUGGAUUAAUUUUAAGAAUGUAAUUAAAAAAAAUUAAUAUAGCCAUAAUGUCAAGGACUCUAUUCUCAGUUCUGAAAGCAUGGAAAAUUUAGAAUAGAUUAAAUAUCUUAAUUGGUACGGAUAAUAUGGGUAAAAUAAUUAGAAAAUUGGUUAUUGGAUGGCAAGUUGGAAGGGAGAAGUUCUUAUUAAUGUUGGGGGAUACUACUCCUAAGAUGGAUUAAAAUAAGGGUUAUGGAAAUAAUUAAUUAAUAAUUAUUGGAGGCAAGUUUUAUUUUUUGAGAAUAAUAAAUAGUUAGGCUAAAGUCUAUGAAGUUGGAGUAUACCAUAAUGGUACAAAAAGAGGAAAUUGGAAGUUAAUUUAUGGUUUUUAAGAAAUGUAUCAACAAUUUAAUUAUAUAUUAAAGUGGUGGUGGAUCAUAUAACAAAUAAGGUUAAAAGAAUGGAAAAUGGAUUGAGCAAAGUGAUGGAUUUUGGAAGUACCUUAUUUAUAAUUUAAUUAUCUUCAUAAUAAGAAAAAGUUAAGUUACUUAUUCUGGCGAAUAUAAUAAUGGCAAAAAGGUUGGCUUAUGGGAAAUCUUUUGUAAUUAGGAGGGUAAAAAUAAGUAAUUACAAUUGAUGUAAGAGUUAUCAACUAAAAGAUAAUUUUACAAAUAGCGGUUGUGGAUAGUAUGCAGAAAAAUAAGGAUAUAAUGAUUUUGGCGGCCCAAUUAAAAAAGGAAAAUGGAUUGAUAUAAGUGAUGAUUUUUGGGAGUAUUUAAUUAAUAAAUGAUAAGCAAAAGUAAUGUCUUUUACGAUGGUAUAUACAAAAAUGGUUAAAAAAUUGGUAGAUGGGAUAUUUAUGCUAAAUAAAGUGGAGUAUGCAAUGAUUUUGAAUUGAUGUAUAAAAAAUUGAUAAUAUGUACUUUAAACAAGUGGUGGUGGAUCAUAUCAAGAUGAUGAUUCUGGAAAUUCAAUUAAGAUUGGGAGCUGGAUUGAUUUAGAUGAUGGUUUUUGGGAGUAUUUAACUUAUUUAUUUGUAGCUAGUGUUAAUUGACUUAUCAUGGUGAAUAUAAUAACGGUAAAAAGGUUGGUAGAUGGGAUACAAUUUGGAUUUGGAAAAAAAUGGUUGAAAAUAUGUAAUUAUAAUUACUAUUGUUUUUUCUCAAAAAGUGGUGGUGGAUCAUAUAAAAUUGAUGAUUUUAACAACUCAGUAAAGAUUGGGAAGUGGAUAGAGUUAAUUGCUAAUUUUGGAUAGUAAUAAAUUUUGUAGAUUACUAGGUAUAGAUAAUUGACAUAUAAUGGAGAAUAUUAAAAUAAUAAAAAAGUUGGUAGAUGGAACAUAUUUUUUAAAUAUAUGGGAGAAAAUAAAAAUUUUGAAUUGAUGUAUGUGUUGAAAAUUUAUUUUUCUAUAAAAUUAGUGGAGGUGGAUUAUAUGCAGGUCAAGGAGAAAAAGGUAAUUCAGUCAAAGCUGGAGGGUGGAUUGAAAUUAGCGAUAGUUUUUGGGAGUAUAUAAAAUUAUAUCAAAUAGUCAGAGCGAAGUUACUUAUCAUGGUGAAUAUAACUAAGGUAUUAAAAUUGGGAGAUGGGAUAUUUACUUUAAAGACAUAAUUUCUAAGAAGAAUCAAUUAAUGUAAAUGAAAAAAUCUAAAUUUAUGCUCAAAAAGUGGUGGUGGAUCAUAUGACGAGAAGUAAGAAAGUUGCUCGAUUAAGAUUGGAAAGUGGAUAGAGUUAAGUGAUGGAUAUCGUUGGAGUGAUUAAGUCAUUUCACAAGGUGAAUAUUUAAUGGGUAAAAAGUUUGGUCGAUGGGACUUAUUUAAUAAAAAGGGAGGGGAAUAAAAAUAAGAGUUUAAAUUUAUGUAGGAUAAUAAAUUAUUUUCAAAUAGUGGAGGUGGAUAAUAUGAAAUUAAGAAAGAAGGUGCUUGUAUUCUAGGUUCAAUUAAGACUGGUAGAUGGAUUGAGUUAAGUGAUGAAUUUUGGAAGUAUUAAAUCAUUAGAAUUAAAGUUAGAGCGAAGUUCUUUUUGAUGGUGAAUACAAUAAUGGUUUUAAAAUUGGUAGAUGGAAUAUUAACUAUAGAGAUACAAUAACGAAAAAAAUUUCAUAGAUGUAGGGAAUAAUAUUUAUAUUAAUUAAAGAGGUGGUGGUGAAUAUUCUAUCAAGCUAGGCGAGGAUUGCUCUAUAGAUUCAUAUAAAACGGGAAAGUGGAUUAUUUUGGUUGAUGGGUUCAUGUGGAAUUAUUAAAUUACAUAUAAUGGAGAAUUUAAAGAUGGUAAAAAAGUUGGUAGAUGGAAUACAAUGGAUUUACAAAGAAAGGGUAAUAAAAAAAUGUAAAACAUUAUUAUAAAUAAUAAAAAUAAUUAGUGACGAAAAGAUUUUUAAUAACAUGUAGAGAGAGAAUGAAUGA